AUGUCAGAAGAAGAAGGUGAAUUGUUUAAAGUAUUAUAUUCAAAAGAUAUUACUCAACGAAUUAAAAAAAAGUUUGAUGGAUAUGCCAUUUUCAGACCUAAAUAUAGAAGGUUUGAAUUAUAUGAAGAUGAUGAUGGAAAACCAGGGAAACAAAUUGAUUGUGAAACAAUCAAUGAAACUGAAGUAAAAAAUGAUAUGAUUAUUAAUCUUCCGACAUUUAUUGUUGAAGUAUUUGAAUCAAUUAAUACAAUAGAACCAAAUAAUCAAAAAGAAGAAACAAAACCCAAAAAAAUACUUAAAAGAAAAAAAACAAUACCAAAACCAUUACAUAGAACAACGAAUUCAUUAAAUAUAUCAACUUCAACAAUCAAUUCACAACAAAUAUUAAUAAAAAAUAAACCACUUUCAUUAAAAAAGAAACGGUCAGUAGAAGAUAUUUUAAAAAUAUUUGAAAAUAAUUAA